AUGUUCCUCGACGACACGCAUGCGGUACCUGCAAGGAUUGACACAUUCCUUAGAGAGUACCAGCACGAGGGCGUGCGAUUCUUCUGGGAACGGUACGGCGAUGACAAGGGCGGUCUGCUGGGAGAUGAUAUGGGCCUUGUAAGCAAGCCAUGCUUUGACUUCUCCAAAUUUCACGCUCCUAAUCGUCUCACUAUCAGGGACAUCUACCCGGACUGGAGGGAGCGUCACACCCUGCCGCUUGCUAACCAGACAUGGCCGAUGUGUCUCAUCAUCGCGCCAAGCUCCGCAGUCAGGAACUGGGAGAGGGAAUUCGACACGGGUGGCGCUUAG